AAAAAAAUUUGGUUGAAGAUAAGAAAAGGGGUAACUGGCAUUUCAAUUCAAACAUAGCAGAAACACGCCUACAGGAAGAUUCUGGAAUGGACGCAUCAAACGUAACAAAAACACGCCAACAGGAAGAUUCUGGAAUGGACGCAUCAAACAUAUCAAAAACACGCCUACAGGAAGAUUCUGGAAUGGACGCAUCAAACGUAACAAAAACACGCCUACAGGAAUAGUCUUGAAUGGACGCAUCAAACGUAACAAAAACACGCCAACAGGAAGAUUCUGGAAUGGACGCAUCAAACAUAACAAAAACACGCCUACAGGAAGAGUCUGGAAUCGAUGCAUUGCAAUUGGACAAUAGAAUAUGCGGUAAUCUAACCACACAAGACGAAAGAAGAUUCCAACAAGUUAACGCAAAUGAUCACUGCCAGAAGAAAAAAAGAAUCAGAAAACCAAAGGUAAAACAAAAGUUUGCCGAAAAACCUUAUUUCCGAAAGCAUUCAAAUGGAUCGGACGGAAUAGGAAGUUGCUUUAAAACGUAUGCCGUAACUGUUUUUAACCUUUUCUUCAAAGACCCGGUAUAUUGGUGUAUGGUUGUGCUGAUGUUGCUUCCUACAACUGCAGCAGAUCCAAAAUUGCACUGGAAAGAAUCCGCUAGAAAUGUGACUCAAUGUCCGACUACCAAAGAGGAAUGGCUGAAGUUUUCCACCUCCAAAGACUGCUCAACAUAUUUAAGCGAACCACAACCUCAGUAUCAUUGUGUUUUGAAUGACGAUAGAACAGGCUUUGUUGAAUUGUGUGCACCAGUUAGAAAGAUAAUGGGUGAAUUUUGUGCAGAAUACAACAGAGGUCUGGAGGGUAUUCAGCCACAAACACGAACAAGCUGUAAAGGCAUAUGUCCAUUUGCCUACAAUUCAACGGAUAUGAUUAAAUACCCUGAAUGUUACAAUUUAUCGAAAAUUUAUGAUUCUACCGACUCGGAGCUUCCAAUUUCUACGGCAGUAACAAAACUCCAAGAAAACUCUACCACUGUCCAACAACCAUCUGAAUUUCAAACUUCUAGAUACACUUCUGAUGCCUGCUCUGCUAUUGCGAUAACGUACAUAUCAAUAUGUAUAUUGCUAUUUGGCUUUGGCUUUGGGCUGUACACAUGCUGUAAAGUACGAAGACCGAAAUAUGCUGAUGUAACAUCACGUGUACAUGUACAUGAUGAAACAAUCAUUCUCCAACUACAGAGUGUAGGAAAUUUGCAAAAAGCCACAGCAGUAUAAAAGCUGACAAGUUAAAAAUAUCACUAGACGAAAGAAAAUGAAGUAUAUCUUCUUUGUAUUGUACAUAGAGAUGCAAAUGAAUAUAGAGAACUAACGACUCCUACAUCUAAGAGACAAAAGAAAACAUAUUGUUUUGUCAACCUAUGUGUACAUGUA